UUUUGGCAAAAAGGACCACCUGCCCCAGUGAAAUGGCAAAAAGGACCACCUAUGAGUGUAAAUGGCAAAAGUACCACGGCGGCACGCUAGCCAGGCGACACGUGGCGGGUGCCACCGCCGGCUGUGGUGGCAGGCCCUGCCGCCGUCGCGUGUGGCGGCACGUCCGUCCCAGGCCGCCGUCCGUUCGCGCCGUUUGCGCCGUCGACGCCAGGUGGGCCCUGCCGCCACAGGGUCCGGCGGCACGCUGACGUGGCGGCUGCCUCCACCAGCCGUGGCGGCAAGUUCCCAGGCCAGGAGACAAGGCCGGCAGGCCUGCGCCUCGUUGUGCGUGCGCACUGAUACCCACGAAUAUUUUUGCUGAUUGCUUCGCUUUUGAUGAUUGCUUCGCUGAUUGCGGUAAUUUCCCGCCUAAUUCUCCCGCUCGAUCUGUCCAGUUCUCUAUAAAAACAGCCAUCGAUAUUCUUUGGUACACAAGUGAUAAGUCGUUAUACCUUAGCCAGCAUGAGUGUGCCAUGCUCCGACCAGGAUUUUAGGCCGAUGAAGGGGAAGAAUGCAAGCUUGCCACCUGGGGUUACAGCAGAGAGGUGUUGGUGCGGCCGCCUUGCGAAGGUGAAGGAGGUGGUGGAUUUUUCUGAUAAGUUCGGCAUGAAAUAUUUCAUGUGCGCUUAUUACGAUCAUGAUCCACCCGCACGAACAAGUUCAUCAUCCUCGAGGCCUGCGUCUCCCCCGCCCCUUUGCAACUGGUUUCACUGGAUAGACCAGGAGCAGCCGGAUUGGGCGCGCCGUGAGGUGGAGGAAAAACAGAGGCGUGCAUGGGCAAUGUUCCAUGAGGAGGAGCGUUUCGAAAAGGCUAUUGCUAAUGAUAAAGCAGAAAGAGAGAGACAAAUACAAAAAUUAAGGGCAGAGCAAGCUCGAAAUCGCGAGGUAAAUCAGAAGCGGAUGGAUGAUGAGGCCGCACGUAGGUAUGCAGAGGAAGAGGUGCGCAGGGAGUCCCGUGAAGCGGAAAGGAAGAGAUUAAGAGAAAGGGCUGCUGAGGCGCAGGCAGCAGAAGAACGCGGCGACAAGACUGGAAAAUGGCCACGCUGGACGCAGGGCAAAUAGAGUGAUUUGUUGUAGUAACUACGUAUUUUAAU